AUGGCGGUUUAAAUAAAAGAAAAAUAAGAAGAAAAAAAAAUAGAAAACGAAACGAAAGCGGAAAUAUGUUAACUUAUUAUUUUCUUUUUUAAUAAAAGAAUAGAUUAUUUAGUAGAUAAUUUUCUAACUUUUUUCGAUUAAAUAGGUGUAUAAAAAAUUGAUAAUAAAUAUUAAUCUAUAAAUAUUUAAAAAAACAAUAUAUUUUUAAAAAUAAUUUAAUUUUGUUUUAAAUAAACUAAAUAUGGAAUAUAUAAUAAAAUAUAAUUUUAAGAUUUUACAGGCAAUUAAUUUCCUGAUUUAGAUAAUAUAUUAUAAAAAAAAAACAAUAACACAAAGUCUAAAAACUUUAUAUUGCCAUCAUUAUUUAUGAUUUUUUAUUUAACAAACGAUAAUAAACUUGAAGAAAUUUUACUUGAAAUAAUACUUAAACUAUUUUCUUAAUAAAAAAUAUUUAUUUAAAAUCUCAAAACAAUCUAAGUUUUAUUCGAUAAAUCUGAAAUUCAUCCUUAUAAAGUAAAAAAAUAAAUUAAUUUUAAUAUAAUAAAAAAAAGCUAUUAUAAAAUCGUAUAUUAAAUCUCAAAAAUUUCUCUGAAAAUUUUAUAAAAAAAUCAAGAUAAUAAAUAAAUAAUAAUAAUUCCAUCAGACUUUUAUCAAAAUUACAUAAUAAAAUAUACCACAUCAUAAUAUAGUUUUACUAGUUAUUAGACUUAUAUGUAAUUCCUAGAUCUUUAUUUUACAUAAAUUGACAAAAAUCGUUAAAAAACAUUUUCUUUUUAAGAAGGCCAUAUCCCAAUUAUAAACUUAAUAAAAUAAUGCUAAAAUCAUCUCACAAAAUACUUAAAAUAACAAUAAAAUAUUAAUAAUUCUUUAAAUAUAUAAUCUUUAUAAACUAAAUAAAUAUAAAUAUUAGUUCUUUUAAGAACGCUUUAUUAAAUUUUGAUUUGCUUUGCUGUACAUAACGAGGAAAACUAAUAAAUUCUAUAAAAAUAAAUUCCACUUUUUAUGGAUGAAAUAGCCUUUGAUUUUGGCUAAAUAGACCUCUUGACUUCUAUAUAUAUUAAUAAUAAAUUACUAUGCGAGAGUUUCAGUGAAACCAAUUUUAAAUAAGUCCAAAACUCAAUAAAUGAAUACGGAAGACAACCUCGUUUUCUACAAAUACUAAGUAUAAUUUAAAAAAUUAAAAUUUAAGAACAAAAAAAGGAUUAUUUUUUAACCGAAAACUAAAUAAAAAUCUUCAAUUGGCUCCUUCCAAAUCAAUUUACUGAAAAAGAAGAAUAUAAAAAAUACGAUAAACUACUUUUCGGAUAAACCGAAUACAAAAAGCUAUGCUUAAGGUUUGAUCUUUCACUAGAAUUAGAAUUUUAUAAAAAUUCCUAAAAUAUAAUCUUGAGUAAUUUCUUGAAAAAAAGCACCUAAAAUUUUAAUUUUUAAAUAGACAUUCCUUUCCAAUAUCAUGCUGUUUUAGUUGAUCUUUUUCUAUUAUCUAUAUAAGGAGAGGAAGGUUUUUCUAUUAAUGUUUAAAAGAUUAAAAAUGUUUUCCCUUUAGACUAUGUUUUUUCUAUUUUAUGUGAAAAAGAUGAUUUAUUAAAUACACAUAAUGAAGAAGAAAUAUCAUAAAAAAAUAUGCUUUAAAAUAAUUAGUAUUCUAUUUUUUAUGAAGAUAUAUAAUAAAAUGAAGAAAAUAUUAAUAAUAAUAGUUUUUCGGUUCUGAAACCUAAAAUUUUAGAUUUAGUUACUAAAACAUAUUUUAAUAAAAAUCUUCCAAUGAUUGAAAGUAUAACAAAAUAUAAGGAAAUUCUAAUUAAAUUUCUUAAACAGGAAAUAGAGAGAUUUAUUUUAUUUUUUAAAAAAAACGCAACUUUACCUUCUUUAUACUCUCAAUUUUUCUUCAAUUAUUUUCUCCCUUUUUCCUAAUCUUACCUCUUAUAUAUUAUAAAUAAAGAAGCUCCUUUACAAGAAGAUAAAAUAUAACGAGAAGAUUUCAUUCUUCUAGAAACCUUGGCCAUUACUAUUACAUAAUAAGUACAUAAUGACUACUUUUAAUAAAUAUCAUCUUUCAUUUCAUUAAUAAAUCCUUCUCUUAACUUUUAAAUAUAAAAUAACUAAAACACAUCUCUCUAAAAGCCUUAUAAUUUUUUCUCUAAUAUAAAAGAAAUCCUCCCUGAAGAAAUAACUAAAAUUUACCAGAUCCAACCAGUUGAAGUAACUAAAAAUAAAAAUAAAAAAAAUAAAAAAAAAAAUAGUACCUUAACGAUAUUUCUUCCAAAAUAAAUUAUAAAACCUGGCUAUCAUCCCAAAACUACUAAAUACUAAUAGAAUAAUUAAGACUCUCUUCCUAAAUAAAACUAAUAUAAAAAUCCGAAACGCAAAAACUUGCUGAAUCCAUAAAGGAAAUCGAAGAUCUCUUUGAAAAUAAAAUUCUUUUUAAAAAUUUCAUCCAGAAAAUCAUAUAAUACCUUUCUUAAUCUCUAAAAAACAACACUAAAAUUUCCACAAUGAUCUUCUAUAUAAAAAUAAUUUAAAAAAUAUUAAAUAUAUCGUAAAAAGAAUCCAAAUUAUUUGAUAUGUAAAACCUCCUAGAUACACUAGAAACCACUAAAAUGGCAUUAAAUCUCCUUUGUGAUAUAAAAUAAGGCUUUAUGGAACAUAAACUGGUCUUAUAAUUGAUGAAAUUAAUGCUAAAAAUGUUAAAAGGGGCUAAUUUGAAGGUUUAAAUGAGUUUUUUUGCUUUCUUUACUAAUUAUAUUAAAAGUGAAUCCUUUUUUAGUAUCUUUCAUAAUACGAUUUUUCGAG